AUCGGUUCGUUUGGGUUCGGUUCGGCUGGGGUUCGGUUCGGUUCAGCUGCUGGAGCAGUCGCCAGACCACUGGUGGCCAUUCGGAGUGCGAUAGAGCAGUGAUGCACAGAAUUGCAAUCACUGGUUCCAGCAUUCGAUCGCACCCAUCAAUCCGAUUCGAGCAGUAAUGCAACAACCGGCCAAGAGCCCGCAGCGCUAAACCAUUCCAAGCCCCACGCUCCCAGCUCCAAACCCACCCAAUCCUAGUCCAGGUCGCCCAGCGUAUCCACAGUUCCAAGAUGACCGAUAAUGGGAACAGUCAGAAGAACAACCACAACAACAAUAACAACAACGAUGAGGCACUCAGACUGAGGCUACCGGAAGAGCAGGCAGAGCAGCUGCUGCCCAAGAAUGGAUCAGCCGGCCAGACCAAGAUAGCGCCUCCUACGCAUACUCAUUCCAUAGCCGCCGCGUCGCAGCCACAGAAGGUACCAGCGAAAAAGAAGCGGGACAAGAGCGAUCUGGGUGAGGAUUUUGUGGCGCCCGACGGCGGAUGGGGCUGGCUGGUGUCCGUCGCCAGUGGCGUCAACAUUCUGGUGACGUUCGCAUUGGCCCAGCAGUUUGGCAUCCUGUUCCGCGAUCGCAUGGCUGGUCUAGGAAUCUCCAGCUCCGAACUGACCACCAUUAUCAACACACAGAUUGCUGUAUCCGCAUUUACAGGUCUGCUGAACGGCCCGCUUUUCCGACGCUACACAUACCGAGUGGUGGCCCUGGUGGGAUCCGUGCUGACCUUCCUGGGACUCUUCUGGAUGGUUUUCGCCGACACCUUCGCCGUCUACAUAAUGAGCUUCUCGAUCCUGUACGGAUUCGGACGAGGACUGACGGUAUCCGCUUCCUCGCUGGCGGUCAAUACAUACUUCAAGGUGAAGCGACGCACUGCCACAGCCUUCCAGUUCGGAGUAGCCGGCCUGGGACCGAUUGUGUGCCCCUACUUUGCCACCUACAUGCUGUACGAGUUCGGUGUCCAGGGGACGACACUACUCUUCGCCGGCGCCUCACUGCACACGAUCGCCUGCUCGCUGAUCUACCAGCCAGUUAAGUGGCACGUGGUGAAGCGGGAUCGCGAUGCGGAGGCACUGCAGCAGGUCCAACCGCUGGCAGAGCGCGAGGAUCAGGACGACGAUAUUAUCAAGAAUGUUGUGGAGCCGGAAACCCCGGUGCUGCCACGUGCCAAUGACGGUUGGUUUGGCUCGCGGGCCUCGCUGAACAGCGUGGGCACCCGUAAUCGACUGAACACCUGGGAGAAAUCGGACAGCAAUGGCCACGUGGAGCUGAAGAGGCUGAGCAGUAAGGACUCGAAUCCAGGGCGCCAGCUGCGCAGCAUAUCCGUGAGUCACAGCAUUAAGGAGGAGGAGGCCACUGGCUACAAUUCUGACCACGAAGUGCACCACACCGAGCUAACGGAGAAGGAGAAGCAGGAGCUGGAGGAUGAGGAGGAGCGCCAGCGCCGCAAGAAGCUGCCAUUCUACAUGAAAGUGGUGAUCUUCUUUGACAUGGAUCUGCUGAGGGAUAUCACGUAUGUCAACCUGGCAGUGGGCAUCACCCUGAUCAACUUUGUGGAGAUCAACUUCGCCAUCCUGACGCCCUUCAUCCUAAGCGAUCUGGGUUUCAAUAAGGAUCAAAUUGCCCUGGCCAUGUCCACGCUGGGAUUCUUCGAUCUGGUGGUUCGAUUCCUCAUACCCCUGAUCACGGCCAAGAUCAAUCUCAGCAACCGCACCUUCUUUGUUGUGGGCAUUUUGGGCAUGUGCAUUGGCCGCAUGUUCCUCUCGAUGACCUCCAAUUUCUACGUCAUGAUGGCCAUCUUCCUGUGGUUGGGCCUCAACAAGGCCUUCCGCACGGUCUUCUGGUCCCUGAUCAUUCCCAGCUAUGUGCCCCUGAAGAGAUUGCCAGCGGCUGCUGGGCUGCAGCUGCUGAUGUCCGGCACCUUUUCGAUGAUCUUCGGACCGCUGAUUGGCCUAAUCCGGGAUCACACCAGCUAUGCGGUGACCCUCAACCUGCUGAAUGCCCUUUGCGUGAUGGCCUUUGCCGGCUGGUAUCUGGAAGACUUCAUCCGCGCCCGCAGCCGGAAAUCGCCACCCGUCAAGUCAAUCAACUGAUCAACUUACCAUGGCGUAGUUCUACUCAGUGCCAGCAAUUCCAGGACCAACACCGUUCCCCCAUCCAUCCUAACUUUAGCAAAAUGUUAUUCUUGUUAUCGCAUUUGCCCAGUGCUUUUUUUUUAUCUGUAUGUUUAUGUAAACUAUAUUCAGCGUGUACAUUGUGUAUAUACUUUUCGAGUGUAGCAGAUUAAUUGUAUUAAAUAUUGAUAAUUGUUAAAUAAUAUGCGUAAGCUGCCAAUACUUAAACUUUAAAA